CGCCUGCUGGCUCAGGUGCUCGUGUGCCUGCUGCUCUUUGACUUCCAGAGCUUCGCCUGGCACCUGCUGCACCACCGAGUGCCCUGGCUCUACCGCACCUUCCACAAGGUGCACCACACCUACACCUCCACCUCCGCCCUCACCGCCGAGUACUCGGGCACCUGGGAGACCCUCAGCCUGGGCCUGUUCGCUGCCGCCAACCCCCUCCUGCUGGGCUGCCACCCGCUCACCGAGCUCGCCUUCUUCGUGGUCAACAUCUGGCUGUCGGUGGAGGAUCACUGCGGCUACGACCUGCCGUGGGCCACACACCGCCUGGUGCCGCUGGGGCUGUACGGCGGGGCGCGCCACCACGACCUUCACCACCUCAAGUCCAAGUGCAACUUUGCGCCGUACUUCACCCACUGGGACCGCCUGGCCGGGACGCUGCAGACGCAGGACUGAGCCGCCGUGAUGGCGAGGAGCUGAUGUAGAGACGUUUUCUAUUUAUUUAUUUCUUCCUGUUUUUAUUUAUUAUGCCACUUCUGAGCCCACCAAUCACAGCGGGCUCUCCUCGACUCGCUGCUCCUCUCUGACGUAGAGACGGAGCAGUCGGAGCCACGAGAGCGCCGUGAGCCGUCGACGGCGUGAGCACGUUAACUGAUACCGGACAGAUGUGCCGAUGAGGCAGCUGGCUGCGAGCGCGGGACAGACGAAAGUGAAACGAGGGACAGAGAUAAGCUGGCGAGGAAGACGAGGAGUCGCGCCGCCGCUGAAGGAGAAGCGCGGCGUCAGAGGGAAACUGGAAAGUUUGAUUCUGAACUGGGAAGUGAAAGUUUGAGCACUGAAGACAAGAUGAAGCUAAAAUAAAGUUUGUGAAGAGAAA